CCACAAAAAAAAAAAAAAAAAACCUCUAGAUCUAAUCUUAUAGUACUGCAAAUAAUUCCUUUUUCCAUGGAAAAUCUUUCCUCCCCUCAAUACCUGAGCUUUGAUACAUCAUUGUCUGAGCUUCUUCCAAGCGAAGAAAACAGCUCAGAUGAAAGUUUUCCAGUCAAUUUCCCUGAUGAAAAAGUGAAGGGAAAAGCUUUGGAAACCGACGGGAAAAAGGAACCCAGAAAGGAAAAAAGGUUCAUAGGCGUGAGGAAGAGGCCAUGGGGAAAAUACGCAGCCGAGAUACGCGACUCGACGAGGAACGGAGCGCGCGUGUGGCUCGGAACAUUCGCAACCGCGGAGGAAGCAGCCAUGGCCUACGACCAAGCCGCAUUCGCGAUGCGCGGAUUGUUGGCUCGGCUCAACUUCCCGGCCGAGAGGGUUCGCGAAUCGCUUCGCGAGAUCGAGUGUUUUAAUAGGUGUGAGAGUAGUGGAACAUCACCAGCUGCAGCUUUGAAGGAGAGUAACAAGAUGAAGAGAAUGAAGUUGUUGCGAUCAGGUAAUGAUCAUAAGAGGAGUGAGAAAAAGGAAGAAAAUGUGUUGUUUGUGUUUGAGGAUUUAGGGGUUGAUCUCUUGGAUGAGCUUUUAACCACAUCUAAUGCCACUAGUUCUAGCACUAGCACUAGUACUACUUCUGAUGUAGACUUAUGAAGGAUAUGAUAUGUGUGUUUGCAAUUUAAGGAGAAAAUUCUUAUGAGUUUUAUGUGCAAUUGCUAUGAAUUCCGAUACUUUUUUUUGCUCGGCAAAAGAAA